AUGUUUGGUCUAGCCACCCAAUGCGUCCAGUCCAAAAACGUGAACAAAACCUCUCCACAGACUCUUUCCAAUCUUUGUCUGAAGAUCAACGUCAAGCUGGGUGGUAUCAAUUCAAUCCUAGUGCCCGCAGUUCGGCCAUCCGUCUUUCGGGAGCCUGUCAUCUUCCUUGGCGCCGAUGUCACUCAUCCACCAGCUGGUGAGUUGGUUGGUUUCAUUUCCCGAAUCUUUUUCACCUUCAUGCAUAUCUUUUUUCUUGCCUACUUCUGUAUUAUAUCCGCCUAUGCCCACUAUUCUUGA